AUGGAGCAGCCAGAGUAUCGAGCCGGCAUGGAUGGAGUAUUAACCUGUAUAGAGGUAGAGGAGAAGUACAUACCAGAAAUUAUCGAGGAGUUCCUUGAUAUUCUCCCUGAUGAGUUGUCGAGUCUGCCACCAGAUAGAGAUAUAGAGUUCAUCAUCAAUCUUAUUCUACGGGUUGCACCUAUUUCAAAACCACCUUACUGGAUGUUGAUAGCAGAUUUUGAGGAAUUGUGUAAGCAAGUCCUAGAGAAAUUUAUAAAGGAUUUCACUAAGAUUGCCGAACCACUUACUAGGCUGACUCGAAAGGAGGUCAAGUUUGUGUGGACUCAAGACUGUCAAGCAGCAUUUGAGGGGUUGAAGAAGAAGUUGACGACAUCACCAGUUUUGAUAAUUCUGGAUGAGUCAGGAGGAUUUAUAGUGCACACAGAUGCUUCUGGUUUGGGUUUAGCUUGUGUUCUGAUGUAA